AUGAGCUACUCGCUGGAGCCGCUAAGCAACCCCUCUUACCGGCGGGUGGCCGAGAGCCGGACCACCUUCAGCCGGGCCAGCGGGUCGCCCUCCAGCGGCUUCCGCUCUCAGUCCUGGUCUCGGAGCUCGCCCAGCCCGGCCUCGUCGACUUACAAGCGCAAUGUGGGGCCCGGGCGGACUUCCUACGGCUCGACGGUGCUGAGCUCCACCGACAGCCUUGAGCUGAGCCAGUCGUCGCUCUUCAACGGCGGCGGCGGCGGCCUUGGCGGCGCUGGCAGCGGCGGGGGGGGGACGGUGGAGCUGAAGCUGAGCCGCUCCAACGAGAAGGAGCAGCUGCAGGGCCUGAACGACCGCUUCGCCGGCUACAUCGAGAAGGUGCACUCGCUGGAGCAGCAGAACAAGGAGCUGGAGGUGGAGCUGGCCGCCCUGCGGCAGAAGCAGGUGGGCCGCUCGCAGCUGGGCGUCGCCCUGGAGCAGGAGCUGCGCGAGCUCCGCGGGGCCCUGGAGCAGGUCAACCACGAGAAGGCGGCGCUGCAGCUGGACUCGGAGCACCUGGAGGAGGACAUCCACCGCCUCAAGGAGCGCUUCGAGGACGAGGCGCGCCUCCGCGACGACGCCGACGCCAUCACCCGCGCCCUGCGCAAGGACAUGGAGGAGGCGUCCAUGGUGAAGGUCGAGCUGGACAAGAAGGUGCAGUCGCUGCUGGACGAGGUGGCCUUCCUGCGGGGCAACCACGAUGAAGAUGUGGCCGAUCUGCUGGCCCAGAUCCAGGCCUCGCACGUCUCCGUCGAGCGCAAGGACUACCUGAAGACCGACCUCUCGUCCGCCCUCAAGGAGAUCCGCUCCCAGCUCGAGUGCCACUCCGACCAGAACAUGCUCCAGGCCGAGGAGUGGUUCAAGUGCCGCUACUCCAAGCUCACCGAGGCCGCCGAGCAGAACAAGGAAGCCAUCCGCUCGGCCAAGGAAGAGAUCUCCGAGUACCGGCGGCAGCUCCAGGCCAAGAGCAUCGAGCUGGAGUCCGUCCGCGGCACGAAGGAGUCCUUGGAGCGCCAGCUGAACGACAUUGAGGAACGCCACAACCAGGAUCUCUCCAGUUACCAAGACACGAUCCAACAGCUUGAAAAUGAGCUGAGAGGUACGAAGUGGGAGAUGGCACGUCAUUUGAGGGAAUACCAAGAUCUCCUCAACGUCAAGAUGGCUCUUGACAUUGAAAUUGCUGCCUACAGGAAACUUCUUGAGGGUGAAGAAACAAGAUUCAGUGCCUUUUCUGGAAGCAUCGUUGGGCCAACAUUUACCCAUAGGCAACCUUCCAUCACAAUAUCAACUACCAAAAUACAGAAAUCAAAAGCUGAACCACCAAAACUAAAGGUCCAACACAAGUUUGUAGAAGAAAUCAUUGAAGAGACCAAAGUAGAAAAUGAGAAAACUGAACUGGAUGAAGCUCUUGAAGCCAUGGCUGAAGAACUGGCUGCUGAAACUCGAGCAGGUGAAGAAAAGGAGGAGGAAGUUCUAGAAGAGGAAAUUGUAGCAGUGGAAAAGGCUGAAGUCGCAGCUGCCAUCCCGGAAGAAGAAGAAGAAGAGGAAGAAGAAGAGGAAGGUGCAAAAUCUGACGAGGCAGAAGAAGGAUCAGAAAAAGAAGAAGAAAAAAGCGAAAAGGAAGAAGGUGAGGAAGAAGCAGAAGAAGAGGCAGGAGAAGCUGAGGAAGCUGAAGGUGAGGAAGUAGCAGAAGAGCCUGAAGGAGAUGUAGAAGAAGUCAUUGCACCAGAGAAGGUAGAAAAGAUGAAAACGUCUCCUCCCAAAUCACCCCCCAAAUCACCUGUGACUGAAGAAAGGAAAGAAGAUGGAGGUGGUGAUCAAGAGGGGGAGGUAGCAGAAGAGGAAGAAGGAACAGAGAAAGCUGGGACUCCAGAAAAAGCUGGACCUCCAGAGAAAGCUGGAACUCCAGAAAAAGCAGGGACUCCAGAAAAAGCAGGGACUCCAGAGAAAGCAGCCUCUCCAGAGAAGGCAGGAACUCCAGAGAAGGCUGCAUCUCCAGAAAAAGCAGGGACUCCAGAGAAGGCUGGAACUCCAGAGAAAGCAGGGACUCCAGAGAAGGCAGCCUCUCCAGAAAAAGCAGGGACUCCAGAGAAGGCAGCUUCUCCAGAGAAGGCAGGGACUCCAGAGAAGGCAGGGACUCCAGAGAAAGCUGCAUCUCCAGAGAAAGCAGGGACUCCAGAGAAGGCAGCCUCUCCAGAGAAGGCAGGGACUCCAGAUAAAGCUGCUUCUCCUGAAAAGCCAAGCUCCCCAGUGAAAGAUGUGGAAGAGGUUAUCUCCACCACAAAGGCUUCCACCGUUGGUGCAGAAAAAGAAUCAAAAGAGAAAAGUGAGAAAGCUUCCAAGGAAUCGACUAAAGAAGACAUAGCCGUCAAUGGGGAGGUUGACGAUAAGGGGGAGGAAGAAGAUGACUCCAAGCGAGAAGACGACAAAGGUAUCAUCACCAAUGGUCUGGAUGUGAGCCCUUCCGAGGAGGAGGAGAAGAAGGGGAAGAGUGAGGAGAAAGUCGUGGUGACGAAAAAAGUGGAGAAGGUCACCAGUGAAGGUGACGGGACCACCACCUACAUCACCAAGUCCGUAACCGUCACCCAGAAGACGGAAGACCAUGACGAUGCCGUGGCAGAGAAAGUGGUGUCCACCAAGACGGUGGAGAAGGUGACUUCUUCCCAUGCCGUAGUCAAAGAAAUCAAGGAAAACGGUGACUAA